CCAGGGUCAGGAGGAAGUGGGCGUUGCGUCACUUGUAACAAGGUGUCACCACUGGGUGUGGUCAGGAUGGGUGGCAACGACGAUAUAUAGACAGAGGCAACGACUCCAGCGGCAGACACCAGCAGUCCAGCGCUUGCAGCAGCCAUGAAGGUUUGGAUCGUCGUCCUGUUGGCCGCCGUGGUAGCGGCAGAGCAGCACAAGCGUGCCGCAGCUCCUGAGCCCGAGCCCGAGGCUGAGGCUGAGGCUAAGGCUGAGGCCAAAGCAGAACCUGGCUUCGGCUAUGGCAUCGGUGGUUACGGUCACGGUAUCGGUUACGGCUACGGUAGCGGUUACGGCUACGGUACCGGGUACGGCUACGGUGGUCACGGAAUCGGUUCAAGCUACAGCGUAAGCUACGGCAUCCCCACCUACAGUGUGAGUUACGGCCCUACAAGAUACAGCGUCAGCUACGGUCACGGCUACGGUUAUGGUUAUCCUUCUUAUGGCUAUGGUUCUUACGGCUAUGGUCAUAGCAUCCACAAGCGUGAGGCUGAGCCCAAACCCGGCUAUCUUCUCGGUCACGGGCAUGGCAUCGGCAUCGGGCACGGUUUCGGCAUCGGCCAUGGCAUUGGGCACAAAACCAGCUACAGUGUGAGCUACGGUCAUCCCACCUACAGCAUUAGCUAUGGUGGCUACGGCUACCCUUCAUUCGGCUACGGACACGGUUACGGUUACGGCUAUGGCUACGGCCGCUGAGAACAGGGAAUAGGCAAGAAAAGACCCUUAACCGACGGAAUCACGACUGACGGUGUCCUGCAUCAACUCUCUUCAUCUUUCUUUCCCUCUCUUUACCUCUUUGAUUUCUGAACCCCCUGAUGACCUUGGCAGAGACACAUCUGUAUGGCCAUGGCUGACUUACCCCCCUCUCUCUCUCUCUCUCUCUCUCUCUCUCUCUCUCUCUCUCUCUCUCUUUCUUACACACACACACACACACACACACACACACACACACACACACACACACACACACACAUACACACAUACACACACACGCAUUUAAAAUAAUGGUAACUUUUGUAUCAAAAAUGUGUUUCUGAAAAAAAAAGAAAAUAUAUACAUAUAUGCAAGUCGAU